GACGCUGAAAGACGACCACUCCCACAGACUGACGUCUUAAACAGCCAAUGGAAGCUUGAUUUACUAUGUCCAGUAUCCAACCACGUCGCACGCAGCAGCUUUGUGGGGAAGUAACGUUACAGUAGUUAGCCGUAGUCCAGAUCAACAAGCCGCUAUUUUGGAAGCAGUUUGAUAAACACUCACUGUUCCAGUUGAUGUCAGUCGUUAUUUGCGUUUCUAGCGAGACAAAUCACGCGUGAUCACCGACAAACCAGCACAGACUUAGCCAGCCACAUAAGAGAUCACCGAAACGCUCGGAUAACAUCGUCGGAUGAAGUUUAGAACAGCUAGCUCGCUUUUCUAAUCAUUCCAUAGCAGGCAAGUGGGUGACAACUGAACAAGCCGUCGAUCCUGAUUAUUGAUUGGCUGAAUUUUGACGACCAGGCUUGUAAAACUUUUCAUCGUUGAGGCUGUUUAACGUUUCACUUGUCACUAUCGCUAACGUUAGCCAACUUGUUUUUUUUUGCCAAACGGAACAACGCUGGACUCAUUUAUUCGUCAGUCAAAAUUUUUUUUGAUUUUGUCAACAACCAGCAGAGUUGUAUCUAAACAAUUCCUGAUAUUUGUGUACAAAUUUGCAUUUUUAAGGGCAAAGCAAACGUGUUAGCGUCAGCCUCGACUAGCCCAACAGCAAACAUUUACCUGAACCGCCGAGGAAGAAAACUGUUGGCUUUUACCACUAAUCGGUGCUGGAUUCAUGACCUUUAACUUUUAAAUAGCCCGUUGGCACACUGCUGGAGUUACCCUUUUAUCCCAUCGGUCGCCUAUCUGUCGCCUUUGAAAACAAUCAGACAACAACAGCACAGCGAGCUACCUGCGCGUCAGAGCAAGAGCCAGUGAUACGACCUGAAUCAGGUUGUGUACGGUCACGGAAUCCCUCAUCGGAUUGUUACAUUAUCAGUGUUAUUGCUGAAAAUGGCGGCGAUCGGAAUGGUGCAGAUGUUGAUCGAAGCAGCCGAAUACCUUGAUCGCAGGGAACGAGAAGCUGAACAUGGCUACGCCUCCAUGCCACCCUUCAUCAGCACUCGGGAGAAGGAGAGCUUGAAAAGGAAAAGCAAAAGCAAGAAAAACACAAGUAGCAGGUCUACGCACAAUGAAAUGGAAAAGAACAGACGGGCACAUCUACGACUGUGUUUAGAGCGACUGAAAUCCCUCGUUCCCUUGGGACCAGAUGCUAACAGGCACACCACCCUCAGCCUGCUGAUGAAGGCCAAAGAUCACAUCAAGAGGUUGGAGGAGAGCGACAGGAGAGCUCAGCACACUUUGGAGCAGCUACAGCGGGAGCAGAGACACCUGAGGAGGCGUCUGGAGCAGCUGGGGGUGGAGCGGACCCGCAUGGACAGCACUGGCUCCACUGUAUCCUCUGACAAGUCCGAUUCCGACCAAGAGGACCUGGAUGUGGAUGUGGAGGGGACGGACUACCUGCUGGGUGACCUGGAGUGGAGCACCAGCAGCGUGAGUGACUCAGGAGACGAGCGAGGCAGCCUGCGCAGCAGCUACAGCGACGAGGGCUACUCCAGCGCCAGCCUGCAGCGUCUGCAGGACACUCAGGAUAGGGCCAAGCAGCUGGGCUGCAGCCUAUAAACAGCACUGCUCACUGACCCAGCACCCCCACCUCCGUCAGUCAGUCUGUCCCGUCCCAAAAUUGCCUCACCCGUCUGUUCUCCCACUCACAAACAAAUCUCCCUCCCCCCUCCCUACAAGGACUGACCAAGUCUGAGGCCCCUUCUCCAGCCAGGCCUCUAUGGACUUCCUGUCCCCACAGUGACUUCCAUUCAGACUGCGACACCUCAGAAAUGCUCAUACACAGCUCAUCAUCAGCACUCAGUCUUUAAGGUAUCACCUGCUCUGUUCUGCACCAAUCAAUUGAGUGGGAUUUUAAAGACGCUCCACCCAUCCGUCCCUAAAUUCUUCCAUCCGUCCGUCCGUCUGUCUAUCUCAAUCACAACUUUCAGCCAGAGAAUGUUACCACACAAUGUCCCACUGCCUCUUUUUCUAUGCCUCAAGAGCUAUGGGAAGCACUUAUGAGAUUUCGCUCUUAAUUACCACACACACACACACACACACACACACACACACCCUUCCAUCCCAGAGUCCUCCCAAAGGUGAUGUGGGGCUUAUUUUUCCCAGCCCUGCUCACUGGUCGACCAUCUGUGCAUAGUACUUUGCACUUAAAAUUGCUUUUGUAAACAAAAAUUGUCAUCUCUUUCAAACGCUGUCUCGUAAUAACUUAAGGCUCCCACUGCAGCUGCUGCAGUGAUGUUUGGGAAAACAUGUCAGUCGUCUGUCUGCACUGUACGCCGCACCAGAAUGUGGACAUUAAACUCGACGGUGUGGGCGGUGUGAAACCGAUGGGGCCGACAGCAAUACGUCCCUUAGGCUUUGGCGAGUAGACUCGUAAAUAUCCUGUAAUUUUAUCUCCUCGCCUGCCAUUCAGAAGCAACACAGACACAGAAAAUGGUACAAAAAAUGUGUGCAGCAUGAGAUUGUGAACAGGUUGAGGGUUCUGGGGUGGGUUAGUUGUUUUCUUCCUCUCUCUGAUGACUGUGGUGUUUUUACAGCAUCCUUUAAUUGUUGCGUGUCUGUGUGCGUGUGUGUGCGUGUGUGUGCGUCACGUCUGAACCUGGCGAAGGUGGAGGUCAAAUAUCAGGUUAGGAAACGCUGGUAUGUUAAGGCACUAGUACACUACUUCAUCACUGCCCCAUUCACAUGGUACUAACAGGGAAGAGUCAAGUGUAUCUGCUGAAAAUGGUGGAGCGACUGGAGCACAUUCCACAGGCAGGCAGGUGAGACGGAGAGCAUUAUCUUAGAUAGUUUUUGGGCAAGUGGAUGUUCCUGCCAAUUAUUUAUGACGCGAGAGUUUAGUUUGAGAUGAGCCGAGUCACCGUAAAACAGGAGGCCUCGCUGCGAGCUGGUGUGUUCACGUCUAAAACACACCACUUUGAAAAUCACAGGUUUUCUCUCCUUUGCCUUGACUUCAUCAAUAUUGUUCCUGCAAAAAACACUCAAACUUCUAAUGUAAAUAGUUCAAGAAAGAUUCUAUGUCUAUCAACAAAUGUAUUUAUUAGAUAUAAAUAUAUAGAUGAAUAUAAAUAAAUCUAUUUAAUUAGUUUUAGCUUAUGUUCUUCUUGUGAGGUUUAUUCAGAGUUUCCUAUGUGUAGUUUGUUUGCACAGCCUAGUCAGUCCAUACAAUAUUUAGAAAUGUCUCUUGUGCCUCAGGGCUUCUGUGUUCGGCACAGUUCUCCUGGCAACUUUUGUCUUUUAGUGAUUGGUCAAAUUUUAAGCAAUUUUCAAAGCCCUUUAAGAAAUAGAUAUAACAAAAAAAUACACACGUUAUAUUGAAAAUGUUUUAAUUAAAAAGUAUAAAAAUGAGAGGAGCUGGUGGCUGCGUUGAGGUUUUAGUGAUUCCUCUGGCAACGCUGCGCUUCAGAACCUCACAAAAUGGCUGCUCUCGCUGGGAGAGUUCAGCACGUUGUUUGGUCCACCGUCCCCACAGGCAGGGAUGAUCACAGCUUCUUGAAUGUAGACAGCGCUGAGGAAACUUGUCCCGCUGCUGCGCCAGCCCCUCGGUUAAAGCAUGAACACGGUAUGCCCCAAAAAAAUACGAAUAAAGGGAGAAAAGCAGAAAAAUAGAUAUACGGUAGGAUUGUUUAGUCUUUUGAUUGUGGAAUGCUGGUACUUUUUUUUUAUCCAGUGGAGAGGAACUGUGUAGUGAUGCUUAUAAGGGGGGCUUACACUUACAGGGGAAAUGUAUUAAAGCAGGUGUGAGUGGGCAGAUGUGUUCCCUGCAAAGCCAUCUGCCGGUGCGUGCAUGUGUGUUAGAAUACGUGAAUGUGUGUUUUUACCUCGUCACUGUCUUCAGAGAGAAAUAAUAGGGUGGGUGGUUUAGAAAAGGAACACAUUAAGCUCGGUGUUUUUGUUUACUACAAAAAUGCAAAAAAAAGCCCCUCGACUUCAUGUAUUAACCGAAGCAUUAACGUCUGUCUAUAGAGAGUCUUGUUUCCACUUUCUUUUUUUCCCCUCUGUCCGCGUCCUGUCGUCCGUCUAAUCCGGGUGCACAUGUGUGCAUUUGUCUAUGUGCAUGACUCCUUCUUCCACAUGCUGCGUUGGCAUCCAUCAUACAGGCGACGUGGGCGGGUGGGUGGCUUUUGGUGGUUCGUGGAGUGUGCGUGUGUGUGCGUGUGUGUGUGUGUGUGUGUGUGUGCAUGUGUGUGUGUGUGAUGGAUCAGUGAAUGUGUCAGCAUUGCUCCUUGACCACCCCCCCCCACUCCCUCUUCGCCUACAAAGACCCUGGUGCUCUCAGCAUCUGCCUUAAGAAGCAGGUGUGGAGGAAUCUCUCAAAGAACAAGACUACAGUCUGACCAGUUAUUUAAGCUACAGGGAAAACUCCAGUUCAUAUAUAGAGAUCUAUAUAUAUAUAUACAUAUAUAUCAAAAUAUAUACUUGUUUUGGAUUUUGUUUGUUUCAUCGUUUGUCCCUGCAAACAAAGUGGCUGCUAAUGCCUUAAAACAGACACAAAUGUAAGACCUAACACAAACAUAAAUGCGCGGUACAGCAUGUGUCAUGAGGGUCAUUCCUUCGUGUGGUGACGGCGUGGUGCUUUCACGCAUUACAUGGUACACACAAACACAUCACGGACGCACCGCGUCGUAGCUCUACCAAACAUCGUCAUCACCUGCCGCCUUUCUCCACUCGUCUCUUUAAUAUUUGUUGAACAGUAACUUACAGGUGGACGUUUUGUGCACUUACUUUUUAAGAUUUGGAGAAUUUGGACACUGUCUUCUAAAGAAAUGGCAAAUGUGGGAGAAAAAACCCUUUGACAUGAAAUGUGAAACAGCAGUUUAUAUUUGCCAGUGAUAUUAAAGGAAUAAAACAUUUGAAACCCUUGUUUACCUACCUAGAAA